UUUCAAGUUUUCAACGUUAUAAUUGAACAAGAAGUCGCAACUAAAAUAGGUUUUCCUCUGAAGGAGUUGAAUCUUCUAUAUAUCUUCCUCAAUGAAAAGUCUUACCUAAUUUUCUCUUAAACCCAAAGAGAUCAAAUGUAUGUAAGAGUCUUUUCUUGAUAUGGAUGCUGCAACUUGUUGCUUUUGCUUUUCCAACGGGAAGAAGAAGACCACAAGGAGUAAGGGUAUUUCCGGAAGAGCAGAUCAGACCAAGAAUAGAAGAGAUUGGGAAAAGAGGGAGGAGAUGCUAUCGGAUAUGAGCACGUUUUCGGUGGAAGAACAAGAGAGAAGGUUGAAGGCGGCGGUGGAGGAGGAAGAGAAGGCGGUGAAGGAGGCUGAGAGGGUGGUCAAAUGGGUCAAGCAAGAAUCAUUGAGGAUGGAUGUUUCCACUGUCGACAGAGUUCUAAGAGAAGAUCAAGAUCACUGAGCCAUCUCGCAUAACGAGGGGUCCACGUGUAUCUAUGUGCAUACAAACUUUCAUGCACAAAUCCAUACACAUUUGUAUUUGCAUCUAUCCAAUGCAUGUGGGUUCAACUCAAUAAUGAGGAGCACACGUGCAUCACCACGUUCCAGACACAUCUGUGUCUGAAUCUACGAACAUGAACCUUUCCACAUCAUAGUCCCUAUUAAAUUGUUAGCUUUCAUGGCUUCUACAGAAAAGUGUGAAAUGUAUUUAUUUUUUCCCGUCUUUUCUGCGUUUGGUGUUCUGCAAGUGUUCUUUUUCACAACCAGUGGAUCCAAAAUUUGAGCAAAUCCAAAUCCA